AUGCCCUGCGCCCUGUCCGUCGCCUCCUCGGAGCCCGGCGGGCUGCACCGCGCCGCGGCGGCGCUCGUGCGGCUCCUGGCCGCGGCGACGACGUCCGACGACGUGACGGUCUGCGUCGGCCCCGGCGUGCACGCCCUCCACGAACCUUUAAUCCUCACCCAAGCGCACACGCACCCGCGCGGCGGGCGCGUCGUCUGGGACGGCGCCGGCGCGACGCUGUCCGGCGGCGCGGCCCUCGACGACGCCGGCUGGGCGCCGUGCGCCGUCGACGGGUCGCCCUGCGGCGGCGCGCCCUCGGGCCACGCCUUCGACGCGUGGGAGGGCGUCCACUACCACGCGCUCAACGGCACGAUCCCGCGCCAGCUCUGGGUCCGGGGCCGCCGCGCGGCGCGGGCGACCGUCGAGGGCGCUUCGCUCGGGCUCGCGGCGACCGCGGCGGGCUACGCGACGUCCGCGAACGCGACGGCCUGGGUCGCCGACGCCGUCGAGCUGCGCUGGCCGCGGCAGGUCAGGAACUGGAUCGAGCCGCGCUGCGUCCUGUCGGCGGUCGACGGCGGGAAUCUCACCGUCGAGCCGAUGUGCUGGGCCGCGAUCGUCGCGCGCGACGGGAACGGGCCGCCGCCGCCGCCGGGCCUCGUCGAGAACGUCGCGUCGCUGCCGCCGGCGCCGGGCGCCUUCGUCGCGAUGCGCGGCUUCGUCUUCUACCGGCCGAGCGCCGAGGAGCCGUACGCGGCGCCGACGGACGCCGUCGUGCCCGUCCUCGAGUCGCUCGUCGUCGUCGACGGCGCCGCGAACCACAGCUUCGCGGGCCUCGCCUUCGCCCACGCGACCUGGCGCCAGCCGUCGCGGCCGGGCGGCUACGUGCCGACGCAGAGCGCCGUCACGCCCCUGGGCGAGCCGCCGGGCGCCGUGGGCGUCGCGGCGAGCGCGGGCGUGGCCUUCGACAACUGCACCUUUUCGAACCUCGGCACGCCCUACGCGCUGAGCGUCGGCAACGCGUCGAAGGACGUCUCCGUGGCCCGCUGCCGCUUCGCGUCCCUCGCCGGCGGCGCGAUCAAACUGGGCAACGUCGACGACGCGCGCGCCGUCUCCGCGGCCGCGGCCGACCGCGACGCCGGCUUUACGGUCGCGGACAACGUCGUCCGAGACGUCGCCCUCGAGUUCCGCGGCGCCGCGGCGAUCUUCGCGGCCUACGUCCGCGCGGCGACGAUCGAGCACAACGCGAUCUCGAACACGGGCUACACGGCCGUCUCCCUCGGCUGGGGCUGGGGCACGCACGUCGCCGGCACCCAGACGUGGAUGGCCGACAACCACGUCGUGGGCAACCGCAUCGCCGGCGUCGUGUCCGCGCUCAACGACGGCGGCUGCGUCUACACGCUCGGCCCGCAGCCGGGGUCGACGGUGCGCGGCAACUACUGCGACUCGGACCGCGCGCCCGUCGUCGGGAGCUUCUACCACGACAACGGCUCGCGCUACUUCAACACGACGGACAACGUCGCGAGCGCGAGCCCCGCGCCCUGCCUCUUCCUCCAGGGCUGCUGCGGCGCGCCGGCGCUCGACAUCGCCGUGUCCGGCGUCUGGUGCCGGAACGAGGGCGCCGUGCGCAACGACUGCGCCGCUGGCGCCGCGAACUGCUCCGCGGCCUACGCCGGCGCGGCGCCCGCGGACUGCGGCUGCCGCGUCGACGACGUCGCCGUCGUCGACCCGGGCGCGCCCUGGCCCGCGGCCGCGCGGGCCGUCGUCGACGCCGCGGGCCCGCGCUCCCGGAGCUCAGGAGCGCAUUUUUUUGGGGGCCGGUCGUAG